GCAUGGCUUGCCGUAAGGCGCGGCAAAUCCCGAGAUACCUCUCUGACGUAUGUGUCUGUUCCGGCUCAGGUGGAAUCCCUGAAGGGAUCCGCGACGUGGAUAGUUCAUUGGACCCUGUGGUCUGCUGCAUGGAUAGUUGGUUUAUCAAAGAUGGGCACCCUAUGAUGACCUCAUACACGAUCAUCUCCAAAUUUAACUCUCAGUGACGCCUAUGUUGAACACAGUUUGCUCGACUGCAAUUAAGCUAUGGCCGUAUAUAAGGGACCAGAUUGUUCUAGGAAUACAGUUUGAGUCUUAAAAUUUCGGUCUGCACUUGUCAACGAACACAGUAUCUAUCUGUACCGCUUUAACUCUAGUCACUAUGCCAUCUGCGAUUGUCACGGGUGCCACCGGUAUUACGGGGAGUGCCAUUGUCCAUCACCUAUGCAAGGAUCCAGAGUAUGAGAAAGUUGUUUCCCUCUCCAGAAGUAAUCCCGGCUACAGGAGUCCAAAAGUUCGACAUCAUAUGCUGGAUCUCCAGGCAUCAGCUGCGGAGAUGGCGGAGAAUCUCAGAGACAUCUCCGCUGAUUAUGUCUUCUUCUGCGCCUACCUAGCACGCGAUGAUCCGGUUGAAUUGUCACGCGUGAAUGGGCUGAUGUUAUCUAAUUUUCUCCAAGCGUUGGAAAUUACAGGUGCCACUAAGACACUGAAACGCUUCAUUCUCACAUGUGGCUUCAAACACUACGGUGUUCACCUAGGCCAUUGCAAGCAGCCGCUUAUUGAAGAUGACGCCCUCCUUGAGGAAAGCCAGGGUGGUGGUUCCUGGCCUCCCAUAUUCUAUUAUGAACAAGAACGGAUCCUCAAGGACGCCGCUAUUCGUGGCCAGUGGGAAUGGGUUGUCACCCUCCCUGAAGAUGUCUUGGGCUACGCCCGCGGUAAUUUUAUGAAUGAGGCCACCGGGCUCGGCCUAUACUGUGCUGUUAGCAAAGCGCUCCCGGGUUCCGAACUGCCCUUUCCAGGCUGCAAGGCCAACUACUUUGCUUUCAACUGCUGGACCUCGGCGAACCUCCACGCCCGGUUUGGUCUCUGGGCUGCAACCGCCCCAGGUGCAGGGAAUAAUAUGUUUAACGUGAUGAAUGGGGAUACAGAGUCAUUCCAAAACCUCUGGCCGCGGCUCGCUAAGCGCUUUGGUUGUAAGAUCCCCAGCCCGAUGUUCCCGCAUGGGGGUACUCCCGACACCCAGGGAUAUGGGAAAUAUGAGGCAACCACGGUGAGGUUACAGAACCGGCACCCUCUCGCUGCGCACUCGCAGGAGUUGGGAGUGUCGGCCGAUGGCAUUCCCACGUUGUUCUUGCAGGUCGAUCCGGAAAAAUGGGCAAAGCGGAAAGACGUGAAUGACGCUUGGGCGAAACUGCGCGAUCAGUACAACCUUGACCAACAAGCGUGGGAAAAAGCCACCUGGGAUUUCCUAACUUUUGUUUUGGGAAGGGACUGGAGCUGCGUUGGGACAAUGAGCAAGGCGCGACGGUUGGGAUGGACGGGGUACGCGGAUACUUGGGAUGAAUUGGAGGAGACCUUUGAGACUCUUGAAAGAGAGGGCGUUUUGCCACCAGUGGAAAAGCUCAAGAGGGAGUUUAAUUGAUCCGAUUGACAUAUCUAACGAUUUGCCAGAAAGUCGGCAAAAGGGAGAUAUUGCACUAUUGUCUUUAACGCUUUUUGGAAACCUUGGAUGCGAGACUAGGGUGGAAACUCAAUUGUCCGACCUUUGCAUCCAGACGGACCAGACCUAGUAGGGUGGUAUGGUAGGAAAUGACACUUUGGGAGGUGAGAGCUACCAAGGAUCGACUGUGCACGCCGCAGGGGUUGUCGGAUCGCGUGGUUGAGGGAUUACGAAGUCUCGGGUAUCUACCUUACCACAGGUUACCUAUGAGCGCAUCAUGCCUCCCUGAC